UUAUUUUGUACUCAAUUAAUAUUGUGUAUAGUGGCUACUCACGUAUUUUUUAUAUUUUAGGCAGUUGGUUUAUAAGAUGUCAGACCCACUUUUGGAUCAACGAAUAUGGGUUGUUCACAUAACUUUAUUAAUACAGGGAAUGAUCAGAAGAUAGAUCAGUACAUGUAUCAGCUGUUAUGUGCGAUUUAUCUAUAAAAUAAAGAAAAAUAUUGUGGUCAGGUGAAAGGCAAACCAAACUGAAAAACGGCGAACGAAACGGGCAUUGGGAAUGCGUAGACAAUCAACUUCACUAUGCACGGAAAGUUUUGGAUCUAAAAUCGAUGCCUUCGUACGCGUUUUCCCAGUGUCUCUUGUUGAAAGUAUUGCUCUUGAAACGAAUAGGAAAGCUAAAAGAGUAAUACAGGCUAAUAUGCAUCAAACAGUUCAAAAAAAAAAGAUAUUGGCAAGACACAAAUGCGGAUGAAUUAUAUGCUUUUAUUGCAAUAAUUUUAUACCCCGGAGCUGAGAAGGCAAACUUAGUUCAUGCUAAGGAUCUUUUUCACAAAACGAACAUGCCUUUUUAUAGAGCAGUGAUGUCACUACAUUGGUUUGAGCAAUUAUGCCGUUUUAUACGCUUUGACGAUUCCCGGACUCGCACUGAGAGACUACGAUACCACAAAUUGGCACCUAUUCGCAAUGCAUUGACAAUAUUCUUGGCGAAUUUGACGAUACCAUUUGUCCCAGGCGAAGUAUAUUUGGGUGCACAGCCUAAUGAACAGCGGUCGCUUGGUAUUGCGCGCAAUCUUGUUAUGCGACUCAGCAACCAAUAUUUGGACAGGGGUGUGAAUAUCACGAUGGACAACUUUUUCACAAGUUAUGAAUUGGCGGAUGAUUUGCUUGUGCGGAAUACCACGUUGGUGGGCACAAUACGAGGCAAUAAGCCACAAUUGCCAAAACUAUUUACAUCCUCUGAAGAAGCAAAAAAAGGGGUGUAUUUAAAUCUGUGUUUUGUUUUUCAAAAUCAAUGCAAUUAGUAAGCUUUACAACACAUUCGAAGAAAAAUGUACUAAUGCUUUCAACUGCUCAUGCCAGCGAAGAUGUAAAUCCUGUAACAACAAACCACAAGUCGUACAUGAUUAUAAUGAGCAGGUGGUGUUGAUACUUUUGACAAAAUGCUACGUGGAUUCUCUGGCAAAUGAAAAACAAGUAAGGAAGGGCUAAGUUCGGGUGUCACCGAAAA